AUGGGCCCCCAGUGGAUUGACCACAUCUGCAAGGAAUUCCGAGAAGCAUCGAAGAAGGAGUAUACAACGAAUCGCGAAAAGGAGGAUCACCUCAUGAAGCUGCUUGACGACGGUUGGUCCGAAGUAAAGAAGACCUUUGAAACAGCACGGGACAAACGAAAGAUCACAUCCUGGUCAAUACUGGUGAGCGAGACUCUAACCGAUGCGAUGGUGUCCACCGAGAAGCACCAUACACUCCUGGACUACGCGAUCGUUGUUUGUCAUUGCUCUACUGUAUUGAAGUUCCUUAGGAGCGUGUGGAAGGGACUUAAAGGUCUGGAGCCAGCAGAUAUAGACCUUCAAGUGUUCUAUCUAGAGAGGGACGUUGAGUUUCAUCAUGCGAGUUUGCGACUGGGAAGAUACAAACUCGAACCUUGGGGGUUGAAAGACGAUUAUAAGAAGGCAGAGAACAGUCCUCCUUCCACCUGGGAAUAG